GGUAUCCAAUUAUCCGAAACUUAAGAAAAGUGUGCACCGCCCAAUGGGUGUGCACAUUGGGCUGCUCUGAACCUAUAGUUGAGACCCAGUGUAUUGGGAGUGACAUCACCUGUAACAAUAAAAGAGCCUCUCUUUUGAAGAUGAUACCUGCAAAAGACAUGGCUAAAGUAAUGAUUGUCAUGUUGGCAAUUUGUUUUCUUACAAAAUCGGAUGGGAAAUCUGUUAAGAGGAGAUCUGUGAGUGAAAUACAGCUUAUGCACAACCUGGCAAAACAUCUGAACUCGAUGGAGAGAGUAGAAUGGCUGCGUAAGAAACUGCAGGAUGUGCACAAUUUUGUUGCCCUUGGAACUCCUCUAGUUCCCAGAGAUGCUGGUUCUGAAAGGCCCAGAAGAAAGGAAGACAAUGUCCUGGUUGAGAGCCAUGAAAAAAGUCUUGGAGAGGCAGACAAAGCUGAUGUGGAUGUAUUAACUAAAGCUAAAUCCCAGUGAAAAGGAAAACAAAUAUGGCCAGAGUUCUGCUCUAGACAGUGUAGGGCAACAGUACUCCAUGCUGCUAGUUUUUCAAAGCUCUAUUAAGAUUUCCAAGUGCCAAUAUUUCCGACACACCAAACAACAUGUAAUCCAUCACUAGCCAUGAUAGCUGCAAAUUAAAUUGAUUAUUUUGCUUCUACUUUUAUUCAUUUAAGAGCUCUUUUAAUAUUUUCUAUUGUUUAUUCUUUUUGAAGUAUGUUGUUGCAUAAUUUAUAAAAGAAUGAAAUUGCACUUUUAAGCUUCUCUUCUACCUUAAAAUGUAAAACAAAAAUUUAAUGAUCAUAAGUCUAAAUAAAUGAAGUAUUUCUCACUCAUUGC